CACGUGAGGCUGCGCCUGCGCAGAACGGUCACGUGCGGGCUGGCCGGGAAAAUGGCGGCUUCGGGAGAGAGCGGGGCUUCGGGCGGCGGAGGCAGCACAGAGGAGGCAUUUAUGACCUUCUACAGUGAGGUGAAACAAAUAGAGAAGAGAGAUUCAGUUCUAACGUCCAAAAAUCAGAUUGAAAGAUUGACUCGUCCUGGUUCCUCUUACUUUAAUCUGAAUCCAUUUGAGGUUCUUCAGAUAGAUCCUGAAGUGACAGAUGAAGAAAUAAAAAAGAGGUUUCGGCAGUUGUCUAUAUUGGUGCAUCCUGACAAAAACCAAGAUGACGCUGACCGAGCACAGAAGGCUUUUGAAGCUGUGGACAAAGCUUACAAGUUGCUACUGGAUCAGGAACAAAAGAAGAGGGCCCUGGAUGUAAUUCAGGCAGGAAAAGAAUACGUGGAACACACUGUUAAAGAGCGAAAAAAACAGCUAAAGAAGGAAGGAAAGCCUACAAAUGUAGAGGAAGAUGAUCCUGAGCUGUUCAAACAGGCAGUCUACAAACAGACCAUGAAACUGUUUGCUGAGCUGGAAAUUAAAAGGAAAGAGAGAGAAGCCAAAGAAAUGCAUGAAAGGAAGCGACAAAGAGAAGAGGAGAUCGAAGCACAGGAAAAAGCCAAGCGAGAAAGGGAGUGGCAGAAAAACUUCGAGGAAAGCCGAGAUGGCCGAGUAGACAGUUGGCGAAAUUUCCAGGCAAAUACAAAGGGGAAGAAGGAGAAAAAGAACCGGACCUUCCUUCGGCCACCAAAAGUAAAGAUGGAACAGCGAGAGUGACCGGCAGGGCCACAGCCACAGCCUUCCCCGGCUGCCUCCUUCUGCUUCAAGGACUCAUUCUUUCUCCACUUCCACCCCAACAUAGAGUAGUGUUGGCUUUUUAGUCUAUUUUGUUUUCAAUACAAUUUAAUAUCAAUCAAAGUAAUUUGUACAUUGAGAGGAGGGGCUUGGUCUAACCUUCCCCCAUCCUCACUCACGGAACCACCAGGAUCGGAAGGGGCCACUGACUGCCGCCUCCUCUUCCUACAGCCUGUAACUUAAUGUUUUGUAUUUCACUGAAUUGUGGUGGCUCAAGGUCAUGCAUAGUUGGUGGACAUCCUCCAAUUAAACGUCUUGCUUACAGUGGUAUUUCUGUGACUCCAGACCAGCCUGGGCCACCAUGGGAAGCCCCUUUACUUGUUUCUAGGUGUGCCAUCCUGGAGACCUAGAACCAGUAGAGGCAUUGUGGACUCACAGGGCAGUCACUUGAUGCCCUCAUGCCCUGAGGUGGUUGACCACCCAGAGUGGUAUGAGGCUCCCAGCCACUUAGAUCUGUUCACUUUCCAAAGAGUUAGCCAUCUUCCAGCCAGUCCUACUGUGUCCUCGCUUGUCUGCAUUCAUUAGUGCUAAUAUUCUUUUACGUAUAAUAAAUUUUUAUACCCAA